AUGUAUAAAAUUGAUUUCACUGAACCCCACUGGUUGAUCUACACCUAUCAUACCAUUGGUGGCGUUUCGUUGUGCAUCAAUUUGUUCGGUAUUUACCUACUAACCUUUGAGUUGAAAGAGCUUGGCGCUUUUCGAUACUAUUUAAUGCUAUUUCAGGUCGUUUGUUCACUAGCUGACAUCACUAUUACCACUCUUUCAUCAAUUGUUCCAUUAUACCCAUUGUUCGCAAUUUCCUCAUAUGGCAUUCUAGCUCUUUGGCUGGAUGUUUCUGCACAUUACUGUUUGAUAAAUGUUGGAGUAUGGGCAUAUCUGGAAAUGGAGUCCCUACUUUUGUGUUUCUUCAAGAAACAUCAAACAAUUGCGGUGAUAAUUGAUGUUCAUGUUAUUCCAAAGUUUAUCCCAUACUUUUGCUAUUUAAUGGCUAUUGUGUUCCCAGCUAUACCAUGUGUCGGAUUAGAUUUUUUGACUGUUCAGGAGGAAAAGCAGUUGGAAUAUAUCAAUAUGACUUCCCCAGAAUAUUAUACAAAAUUCGCAAGCCUACCUAACUUCUCAAUGUAUAAAGAAUCCAACUAUCUGUAUGGUGUAAUUAUUAUAACAUUCAUCGAAGUUUCAGUUCUCAUCGCCCUGUUGGUAUUUUUCAACAUGGACCUUGUCCGCAUGAUGGUUCGAUUGAAAUCUCAAAUCUCUGCUGUAAACUACCAGAGGCACCGGGAAGCAAUUCAAAGUCUGGUUAUUCAGACGUUCGUCUCAGUUAUAUGCUCGGCGCCAACAUCGUGUUUUGCUCUCGCCUUGGCUCUUAGAUUGGAGCACUCACAAUUGAUAGCUGAACUGAUGUUAGUUGUGUUCUCAUGUCAUUCAUCUACUAAUAUUAUAUCGUUGCUCAUAUUCUCACCGCCGUAUCGCAGGUUUUUGGAGAAAAGCUUUAAGAGAAAUCGCCGACAAAUUUCCGUACAUGUGCAUUCACAGAGCGGAUAA